AUGCUGUCGGUUGACGUUUUCCAAAAGGGUUGUCAAGGGAACAACCGUCAUUUGAGUAUGACCUUCCAAAGCUUCAUUACAGCCCCGGCAGAACAAUCUGAAGUUCCGCAACAGCCUCCAGCGGGGCAAUACGGUAAAUCCAAGCCCUUUCUUGAGCUUUUCUCCCAGAAGGGUAAGCUGGUGGUGGUCACGGGGGCGGCUGGUGCUAUUGGUGGAGCCAUCUGCGAGGGUUUCGCCUCGGCAGGAGCUGAUCUAUGCUUAUUGGAUUACAAGUACGACCCUAAACUUGCAAACCAAUUGGUCAGCGAAUACGGGAUUGUCGCCAAGGCUUACCAGGUAGACAUCACUGACGCCAACGCAGUAAAACAAUGUGUGGCAGCCAUUAGGACUGAUUUCAAGGGCCGCGAUAUUGACACUUUCAUUGCCAACGCCGGUAUUGCAUGGACUGCAGGUUCGAUCCUGAACGAAAGCGCUACUCCUGAGGCCUGGAGAAAAGUUAUGGAGGUUAACGUGCAGGGAACUUACCAUUGCAGCAAGUAUAUUGCAGAGGUUUUUAAGACACAGGGGCACGGCUGCUUGAUUUUGACUGCUUCGAUGUCUAGUUACAUUUCAAACGUUCCAAACUACCAGACAUGUUACAAUGCUUCCAAAGCGGCUGUCAGACACAUGGCCAAGGGUUUCGCGGUCGAAUUUGCUCAUCUCACUGAGCCCGCUGGGAAGAUCCGCUGUAACUCCGUAUCCCCUGGCUACACUGACACCAUUCUGAGCUCUUUUGUGCCAGUCGAGCAACGUGCUCAGUGGUGGGGCCUGACUCCAAUGGGGCGUGAGGCGUUGCCGCAGGAGCUGGUCGGCGCGUAUCUCUAUCUCGCCUCUGAUGCGGCCAGCUUCACCAAUGGGUGCGAUAUAGUUAUCGAUGGUGGGUACACUUGUGUUUGA